AGUAUACCUUCGCAUUACUGGGACCAAAUUGCAACUUGGCACGAAACUCGCUUCCAAAACAUUUCAUAUAACCUUCCGGCUGAUCUGUUGUUUAUAAGUCGGAGAGAAAUCAUAGAAUUUGUAUUCCAUCUAUGAAUGGGCCGCGUUGCUUUCUCAAGCUGACCACACGUGCGUUCGCCUCUCUAGGAUUAAACGUCCAGCGGUGUCGCCGGAUAAAAACCAUGACCAGUUGCCCUCGAGAAGCAUCCCCUGAGUUGAUCGCCCAGCUGGGAAAAACACCCAGGAUGCGUGACAAUCCCGCGUUCCGAAAAGUGGACACUCCCGAGUUCCACGGCAUAUUUACCGCCGAGCUGAAGGAGCUGAUUGGUCUCUUCAAGAAGUACGAUUACGAGCUGCGUAUCGCCGGCGGAGCUGUCCGCGAUAUCCUGAUGAACAUUCCACCAAAGGAUAUUGACUUGGCCACCACCGCCACUCCGGAACAGAUGAAAGUGAUGUUUGAGAAGGAAGAGGUGCGAAUGAUAAAUGCAAAUGGGGAAAAGCACGGAACUAUAACUCCUCGCAUAAAUGACAAGGAGAACUUUGAAGUAACCACGCUUCGCAUCGACAUCCGCACCGAUGGACGCCAUGCAGAGGUGAUGUACACCACCAACUGGCAGUUAGAUGCUAACCGUCGUGAUCUGACGAUAAACUCAAUGUUUUUGGGCUUCGAUGGCACGGUUUACGACUACUUUUACGGCUACGACGAUCUGCAGGAGCGUCGUGUGGUGUUCGUGGGCGAAGCAGACAUUCGAAUUAAGGAGGAUUACCUUCGCAUCCUGCGCUACUUCCGCUUUUACGGUCGCAUUGCAAAGGAUGACAAGAGCCACGAUAAGGCCACUCUGGCUGCCGUAAAGGACAAUGCGGAAGGCCUUGCAAGAAUAAGUGGAGAGCGCAUCUGGAUGGAGCUCCAAAAGAUAGUGGUGGGCAACUACGGGUCCGAAUUGCUGCUGGAGAUGCAUCGAUGUAACCUUUUCGCGCACAUUGGUUUGCCGGUUGAGCCUAAUCUAAAAGAAUUCAAGCGCCUUUGUGCUACCUUAGAGAACUUUGAGAUGCCGCACCAUCCCAUUUUGUACAUGGCCGGACUAUUGCACUCUGUAGAAGGUGCUAUGGCGAUGCACAAGCGUCUGAAGUUGUCCGCCUACGAAAGGGACCUUGCUAGGUUCAUCACCCAGGAGCGAGAGAAGGUGGACACUGAUUACACGACCCUGCGCGACUUCCAGAAACUUUGUUUGCAGAAGUACAUACAACGCGAUUUCGUGGAACAGUUGCUUAAGUACUCAGGCAAACAGGAUCUUUACAAUCAGCUCAAGUCCUGGGUCAAACCAGAGUUUCCUAUUAGGGGUAACACUUUGGCUGAGCACGGUCUUAAGAAAAUAAGACUUGGUCUUGUUAUGGAGGAACUGAAACUUCUUUGGGCAGACAGUGACUUUAAACUUACGCACGAUGAGUUACUGAAAAGGAUUCCGGAUGUCUUGGAGAAGUUACCAAGUUCGCCCAGUAAAGAAAAACGUACGAAAUAGUACUGACACUCUCAUUGUUUUUGUUCAUGUUUAUUAAAGUCUGUACGGAUAUUUUCCCCAAGUAAAAAUUCA